AUGGAAGGUCACUGUAUGCCAGAGGAAAGAGAUCUCGUCCCUGCCCCGUGGGCAAUCCAUCAACACUCAUUCCCCUCUGGAACAAAGACAGAUUCAAAAUCUCUAGCUUACUACACCCUUCUCUCUAGAGCCUUUUUCCAAAACUCUUCCGCUCCGACCUAUCGGGUUCUAUCUCAUGAUCUUGGACCCUGGGCAGAGGGAUUUCAUGCUUCUUUGUCUUCUCUUGAUUGGCCCAUGAGAGAUAGGGUUGAGGACGUUAUCAAGGAAGCUGCUCCCAAGGAGGGAGGUGCUGUUGGAGCCAACCAUCUGAUCAAGCCGGAGUUGAACCAGCCUUUGGAGUUGGGGUUGAACCUGCUUAGCCAGCCGAAGAGCUAUAAGAAGCUUUGGACGGAGUGGGACCUGCUUCUUAGGGCAGCGAGUGCUUACGCCUCAGAGGCCAAAGGACACAGACCGACAAGCUAG